AAGACCCAAUUAAAGUCCAAACACCAAUCUCGACCCCAUAGAAAAAAUAUCCAAUCCCCAAACCUAAAAAUCUUUUCUUCUCUCUUCUUCUUUAUCUUCUUUUCACUUUUUUUUUUUUGGUUUUCUCUCUUCAUUGUUCUUCGCCAUGUCUAAUGAAACCAAAGAUUUCUACAACUACCAAUUCCCUUCAUCCUUCUCUUUGUACGAAAUGAUGAAUCUCCCUACUUCAGCUCCGUCCUCUUAUGGAAACAACGGUUUCGAUCCAUCUUCCUACUCCUUCACUGAUUGCCUCCAGAGCUCUCCAGGAGCGUACGACUCUCUACUUCAGAAAACUUUUGGUCUUUCUCCCUCUUCUUCAGAGGUUUUCAACUCCUCGAUCGACCAAGAAUCAAAACGAGAUGUAACUAAUGACGUUACCGGCGAGACUCCAACUAGGGUUUCUGCACCUUCUUCUUCUAGCGAGGCUGAUCAUCCUGGUGAAGAUUCCGGUAAAAGUCAGAUCAGGAAAAGAGAGUUAGCUGAAGAUGGAGGUGAAGAAAAUCAAAACUCCAAAAAAGUAGGGAAAACGAAAAAGAACGAAGAGAAGAAACAAAGAGAGCCACGAGUCUCGUUUAUGACUAAAAGCGAAGUUGAUCAUCUAGAAGAUGGUUAUAGAUGGAGAAAAUACGGCCAAAAGGCCGUCAAAAACAGCCCUUACCCAAGGAGUUACUAUAGAUGCACGACACAAAAAUGUAACGUGAAGAAACGAGUGGAGAGAUCGUUCCAAGAUCCAACGGUUGUGAUUACAACGUACGAGGGUCAACACAACCAUCCCAUUCCGACUAAUCUUCGGGGAAGUUCCGCGGCGGCUGCUAUGUACUCUGACUUCAUGACUCCGAGAAGCUUUACACAUGAUAUGUUUCGGACGGCUGCUUAUACUAGCGGUGGCUCCGUGGAGGGGGCUUUGGAUUAUGGAUACGGACAGAGUGGUUAUGGUAGUGUGAAUGCAAACCCUAAUUCUUCUCAUCAAAACUAUCACCAAGGAGGUGAAUAUGAGCUUUUGAAGGAAAUUCUUCCUUCCAUUUUCUUCAAGCAAGAGCAUUGAUCGAUAAUAGCUAUAACUAUAUAUAUAUACACUUAUAUACUACUUACAUAUAUAUAUAAAUCGAGAGAGAGAAGUUCCAUUGUUCCAAUAUAUAUGUAACUUAAGAUCUAUUUUGUCUCUCUUGUUUGCAUGUACAUAGUUUUCAUGAGAGAAUGAGACAUAAAUUGGGCUUGUAAUAUAAUUGAUGAUGUUUAAUGGGUUAACAUUAGAUAUAUAUUUCUCUUUAUUACAGUAUUAUUUUU